CCGUCUAGUUGUAAAACUCGUCAUCAAAAGGACUCAAUUCUUCUUUGCAUUUGAUUCCUUUCACUCCGGUACAUCCGACCAUGCAAGACCCGAGCAUGGAAACCGAAGAAUGGCAAGGCGACUUCAACCCCAUGGCCGACCCCGACGAACGCAAACACCUCCUCUCCGUCCUCGAGUCCUUCCGCUCCUACCGCCGCCUCGCCCACUUCAACGGCACCCACGUGCGCCGCCAAGCCUUCUACUCCCUCCCCUCCUUGCACUGGACCCUCCUCUCCCAACCCCCCUUUUCCAUCCUGGACUCGCUCUCCAAACUCGACGACCUGAUCGACUCCAACGCAAAACUCGCCGAAGCCAUCUUCACCCACGGAUUCCGCAACUUCCUAGCCCCGACGCUGGACAGCGAGUGGGUCGCGACCAUCGUGCCGGAGAAGUACGCGCACGAUGAGUUUGAGGUGUAUUCCGCCGUGAUGAGGCAUCUCGACGUGCAAUUGAGUCCGAAUGACGUCGACAAGGCGCGGAGUUGCGUGAAUCAGUUUUACCGCGAGUGGAGUGCUGAGGGGGCCGUGGAGCGGUCAAGAUGCUUCGAUCCUAUAUUAAAAACCCUCGAAGAUGACUUCCACAAACGCGCUGCGACGUCCCCCGGAGUGCAAAAAUCCGAUAUCAAGGUCCUGGUCCCGGGCGCUGGCCUCGGCCGUCUCGUCUUCGAUAUCUGUCGCGCCGGCUACUGCGUCGAGGGGAACGAGAUAUCCUAUCACGAGUUGCUGGCGAGCUCGCUCGCACUGAAUCACAUGGAGAAGGUGGAGCAGUUUACGAUUGCUCCAUUCGCAAUCAACUGCUCGAAUCACGUUUCUCGCGCUGAUCAGUUCCGGACGUAUAAGAUCCCGGACGUGCAUCCUGGGUCUGAAUUGAAGAAGGAGAAGGAGAAUGGGCCCGCCGUUGAAGCUUCGGAGCGGAUGAGCAUGUCCAUGGGGGAUUUCUGCGUCGUGUAUAAUGAUAAGGAUAGUCGUGAUCGGUUCGAUGCUGUGGCGACUGUGUUCUUCAUCGACACUGCGCCGAAUGUUAUUCGGUACGUUGAGGCGGUUCGGAAUUGUCUCAAGCAAGGAGGCUUGUGGAUUAAUCUGGGUCCGCUUCUGUGGCAUCAUGCAUCCCGUGGACAGCCAUCUGGUGAUGACAACGGCGAUGACUCGAAGAAGGGGAAGUCCGAUGCUGAUACUGGUAUUGCGGAACCUGGAUCGGUGGAACUAACCGAUGAGGAGGUCGUGGCGUUGGUGGAGCACUUUGGGUUCAAGAUAGAGAAGCAUGAGACGGGAGUGUUUGAGACGGGAUAUAUCUCUAAUUCAAGGAGUAUGCUGCGGAGUACAUAUUGGCCUUCGUUCUGGAUCGCACGGAAACAAUGAUACCCACCUGGUGUAAUCAGCCUGCAGACAUUUUCCCAAGACCCCUAUUGAAGGGCCAAUUCGUAGAAAUAGAUUCAAGAAAGGAGUCCAAGUACUGGUAUAUGAGUCUAUAGUCUAUACUUUAUCCGGUCAC